AUGUCAGACAUACAUACUGACGCGAAAGAGAAUCGACUCAAGUGGGAUCCAAAGGCUGGCGCUGGCAUGCUCGUGGGCUACGAAGAAGCGUCGAAGGCGUAUCAAGUUUAUGACGUUGAGGCGGGGAAGGUGGUCGUCAAUCGUGAUGUCAACUUCGACGAAUCCACCUGUGGACUUCCACCACCGAUCACUGAUGAAGGUGCCGAUGACCUAGAAUUCAAAUUACUCAAUGAUGAAGAGCCGCGUCAGGUAGAGUACAAGCAAACAGGCAAGCGCAAGAGCCGCCUCGAUGAUGAAGAUGCAGCUGCUCAACGACUGCGUGCAGUGAGUCAACGGCCUGGACUAGUAGAUGCAAAUGCCGUUGAAGCAGAAGUGGACUUAUCAGAGCCCUCAACAUUUGAAGCAGCAGUAAGCGGCCCUGACCAAGUGCACUGGAGAAAAGCAAUUCAUGCAGAGCUCGAGUCAAUGCGACUUCGCGGUGUGUUUCGUGCAGCCAAGCUGCCCAACGGACAACGCGCCAUUGGCACAAAAUGGGUGUUCAAGAUCAAGCGCAAGGCGGAUGGAUCUAUCGAGAAGUACAAGGCACGUCUCGCGGCAAAGGGCUUUCGCUCGAAGUAUGGAAUCGACUACACGGAGACGUUUUCUCCCGUGGUCAAGCAUGUGACGCUGAGAAUGGUGAUCGCAAUUUCCAAGCAUUUUGGAUGGCCCAUCAACUAG